UAAAUUUUUCUUGUUAUCUCGGCGAAACAAAUUUCUAUCUUUCUCACUUUUUCUACUUUCAUUAUUUUCGUCUUAGUGCGCGUUUCAGUAUUCCGUUUUUUCUGCUCUGCAUCAAUCAACUUAUUGUCCCCUGUAUUAUUGUUUUGGAAGCUUUAUAUAGCGCUAACAGGUGACUCAAAGUUGUGAAUGUGUGGAGAGAGAUAUAAGAAAAGAGCCUUGGAGUAUGCUGGCCUUGUUACAGGGUCAGUUUUGCGGGAGGGACUGGGCUGAACGGGAUGGGGAUUGACAAUCCGUCUGCUGUACUGAGGCGUUUUUCAACCGGAUUGUCUUUUACCCUAUCAACUGGAUUGUGAUACUUUGCGCGGUGUAGUCGUGACGCUACUUUUAUCGCUGGAGUUUUGGAAGUGCUAUUGUGACAUCGAUAAGGCAUGGCUAAAUACGGCACUAAUUCGGGGAUGUAGACUAGUGGAGUUUGGCUGGUCUAGACCGUUUGUUGAAUUACUGAGGAACUUCAUUAUUUAAGUUGUUUAAAUAUAGAUACAUUACAUAUAUAAAGAUGUUUUAAUCAAAACUAGUCUUUGGAUAAUUGUGAGGCGACAACUUUUUUUAUAAACAUUUAUUAAAAGUUAUGGGACUUCUGUUUGAAUAUCGAACUUUAACUACUGAUUUAUCCGGAAGGCUUAUGUUAGCUUUCAUCUGAGAGGAUGCGGAGGCUUCCUCUCCCAUGUUCCUUGGUGUCCUCUCUGACACCGUAAUGGCUUGCCGGAACGGCUGUUGCUGCAGCGCAGUGAACGAGGAUAACGCACGGUUUCUGAUGCUGGCGGUGCUAAUUGUGCUGUAUCUGCUUUGUGGUGCCGCGGUGUUCUCUGCGUUAGAGCAACCGAAGGAGCGACAGGCCAAGGAGCGAUGGGUGCAGCGUUUCGAAAGCUUUACCCAUAAACACAACCUCAACCGAACAGACUUGGAGAUAUUCCUUCGGUAUUACGAGGAGGCGAACGUCGCUGGCAUCCGCGUGGAUAGACUAAGACCACGCUGGGAUUUCACCGGCGCCUUCUACUUUGUGGGUACCGUGGUGUCGACAAUCGGAUUUGGCAUGACCACCCCCGCCACGGUUAGCGGUAAAGUCUUCCUCAUAUUCUACGGCCUGAUCGGCUGCGCGUCCACCAUCCUUUUCUUCAAUCUGUUCCUGGAGCGCAUCAUUACCGUACUGGCCUUCGUGCUCAAGUCCUGCCACGAGCUGCAGCGCCGGCGCCAGGGCGUCGUGCCCCACAUUGGCCACAGGGGGGCACCACUGCCAGUCACCAGAGACGGUCCAGUGGACAGGGAUAGUCUUGCUGGAUGGAAGCCUUCGGUGUACUACGUGAUGCUGAUUCUGUGUGUGGCCGCCAUGGUGAUAUCGUGCUGCGCCUCGGCCAUGUAUUCAGCGAUGGAGGGCUGGGGCUACCUGGACUCGCUGUACUUCUGUUUCGUGACAUUCAGCACCAUCGGGUUUGGGGACAUGGUGAGCAGCCAGAAGGUUGCCUACGAUGGGAUCCAAACUGCUUAUCGACUUGGGAACUUCCUGUUUUUGUUAAUGGGUGUGUGCUGUAUCUACUCACUCUUCAAUGUCAUCUCAAUUGUCAUCAAGCAGACUCUCAACUGGCUGCUGAGGAAGCUGGAUGUCCUCUGCUGCAGAGGUUGCUGCCCAGCCAGGAUUACCAAGAAAAUCAGGCCACGUCGAAACACCGUGAUGCCCAGCAGCACCGCACACCCACGGGCACAGAGGACUGUCUCCAUAGAAACAGAUGCGGUGAAUGAGAGUGAGACUGAUGGAGGGCGCCGGAUGUCGGGGGAGAUGAUCUCCAUGAGGGACUUCCUUGCGGCCAAUAAGGUGAACCUGGCUCAGAUGCAGAAGCAGCUGUCGGAAGCGGCGGUCAAUGGGACGCCUCAGCCAUCCGGGUCCAACCAAAACAGACAAAAUGGUUUCUCAGGAGGUGUUGGGGCGCUGGGUAUUAUGAAGAACAGGCUAGCAGAGACCAGUGUGGACAGGUGACUGUUGGUUAGAGUCAUCACACAGAAGGAUUCAUACUGGGUGCCCACACCACACUUCACGCCAUCGCAUUAUAGUCAUAAAACUAUAAGAACAUCUGCCAAAGUUGUGAUGUUUUUCCAUGGUGAUAAAAUAGACAAAGUGGACUCACUGAAGGAGGGAUUCCAAAAAGCUUUACAGAGGCAUUUACUGGAUUUUACCUUUGGAGAUACACUGAGCCACCAGGCCCCUUUGCAAGUCGCAAAAGCUAAGGCAGUUUUUCUUGUUUUGUCAAGCUGUCCACCACAGUCUAGAUUCAAGCCUUAACUGAGCCAUGUGGCUGGAAGCUUUUUGGGGUAACGUAUAUUCGCCAAGCAUCAACCAGAAUGUGGGUUGGAAUGGUCCAAAUAGAUUUUCUUGACACACUGCCCUAUUGCAAGCUCUUUAGUUACCACAGAAGUCCUGUCAUUCCAAUGGAGUGCAGUCCGCACUCCUGUGACUUAUCUGCCAAACCAAGUUCCAGAGCUUGCAUGGUGUCGCAUGCGUUGAUAUUUUGCUACUUCUGUGUUGCUUUGUAGUUUCAAAUGGAUGUAGAUCCCCCCUUGAAGAUGCUGAUUAGUUUUUUUUCAGGUUUGUUUUGAUGGAAGACAGAACAUUUUGACAGAACAAUUCAUUUGAUUGAAAUACUGAAAAUUGAUAUGAACAUUUACCAUCAGGUUCAGGACGCUAAAACAUCUGUCAUCUUACUACUUUUGCUAAGACCCAUUUCCAUGUAGCAUCUCUGGCAUUAGGAUCAGGGUAAAACAUCUGAACAUCAAUCUCAUCAUAGAUGGAGUCAAUCUUUCCAAGCCAAGCUGCUUGAUUAUUUCUGUUGUGAUGUGGAACACGGUUUGUGGUGAUUAUGUCAAAUUGACUGUAUAGCAACAUAACAAUGCAAUCUGUUUGCACAAGGCCUCAGGCGAAUUGGCUGCCUAAAAAACAUGGGGGUCGUCAGACGAGUAAAUGUGCCCACGCACGUGCUGAUCUUUGGCAGAAUGGCUUGGUGCAGAUGCCUAGGAGGAUGACGUGCCGCAAUCUUUACCGAGAUUUCUGAGAGUUGCUGACAUGACCGUGUCACAGACAUUGGAUAGCACAACUGGGGAGGGGAGAAAAGGGGCUGUGAAAUAGAAGGGGAAAAAAACCCAUUAAAAACAUCCAGAAAAAUCUGAGAACCCAAAAAUGGUUUGGGCUGGCUUGUGGUCGACAUAACCUCACAAGCUUCAAAUAGCAAGACAACAAUCAGUUAUAAUCAGCGAUCUGUGUCACCCGUCAGUGAUACAUUGGCAGCCAUUUUGUGCCAGAAUGUUUACAGUGAAUGUGACAUAUCAGCCAUUGUGGUCAUGUGAGUGGUAAUGUCAGCCAUAGUGAUGACAUUGGGUGUUAUGAGACCAAAUGGCCCUGUCCAGAAUUGUAUGCCUUCUACCCUGUAUGAUCUGUGUAUGUGUUCUUUCUAUUGUAGAGCACAUUUCUUUAUUAACUCUUUCUGAAGAGAAUGUAGUUGCACAGAAUCUAAAAAUCAGUUGCCAAAUGUGUAAAGAUUGAGGAACUCUGAUAAUCUGCAAGAUAUCACACUCAUGUGCAGAAUUCGAUGGAAAAAUAGGUACUUUGGUUUUAAAAUAAGAAUCAGGAAGAAUCUUGAAGACAAAUUAAGACUAAAACUUCCAAUGAUGACUUGAAUUUGUACAUUCUCAUCUGAAACUUCAAAAGGAGACGUUUUGUUGUUUCAGGAAAAUGGGAAUUCAGUGAAGUAGCUGAUAUGCGGGCAUAUAAACUGAAUUUGUAUGUAAAUUGUAGGUCUCAGUACUCCACCUUUCCUUGGAGGAAAUCAUCAUUCAAGAGCUUCAGUGUCUUUUGAAGGUAAAAUGUAAUGUAACCUGUGGUGCUGAAUUGCUAAUCAGACAGCUGUUUUAUUUGUAGCGCAUGUGUGUGUGCGUGCGCCCACCAAGGAGUCACCACUAACCUGAAUAAUGGAUGAUGCAGGACAUCAAAAGGCUCUUUUGUUUCCUUUACCCCAAUGUCUGGAAGUUUAAACUUUAAAUCAGGGGACCCUGGAGUCACGGCGUACUGGCCAGUGUCAGCAACACUGCCUAGUGCAGAGCCUUGUUUGACAUAAAAAGCAAACCCAGAAAGCGUGCAUAAUCUUGUCUUCCCAAUCUCCAUGUUGCAGUCCCUGUGCGGUACUUGAUGCGAUGUAGGAAAUUGCUGUAACAGUAUUGAAAUAUUGUAAACAGAGUAAUGGAUGAAUGGAAGGGAUUGCAUACAAGUGAUGUUGAGAUAAAGACAUUUGAAAUAACCAGCUGUUUACUUUUAGGCGUUUUCUGUUUGUGAUUAUAUUAUGAUGUAUGCCACGGUUUCCUUGACCUUAUUACAGACUAUGAUGGGAUGGCAGGACGACAUGCCCGACUGGGCCGUAGUGGAACGGGACAGUUACGUAGCUUAAAUGUCCUUUCUGUGCAUAUGAUCUAGUACCUGAACAUACCAUGACAUUCUGGGGAUGAAGGUUGGAAUGGAGUCCCUGUCGAGGAACAGCAGGGAGAACUGACUCAUGGCUCGGAUGGCUUUAAUGAGCUUCUUGCCCUUUGACAUCAGUUACCAGCCUGGAGGUGCAGGGAUUGUCCUCCCUAUGAUGUCGGGCUAAUUAACACCUUAUGUAGAGCCUUAGGGUCAGACUAGGUGCGAGCCACAGGAGCGGUAAAACCAGCAGCAUUCUUACUAAGACGGCAUAGGUGGAUCAGAGGGGAGAUCAAGAAACAGGAAAGUCGCCAAGCCUACAGACUGCUGAACAGCCAUUACUAGCUUGCUAUCUGCUAAGCACUCUUCUGCACCUUUGAGCCUACACACAAACUGAGUGCUGCUCCAUAUUCAUAGAGACACCGGUCUCACUUUAUAUGCAGUUUGUAGACCGUUUUACUCACUGCUCUUACAUCACAUUCAGCAUAAUUAAAACAAAAUCCUGGUUGAUUGAGCAGUGUCUUAGAAGCAAAAUGGCUUAAGAGGAGGGAUUUCCCUUAGAGGACAUAUUUGCCAGUGGAAGUUGCUGCCGCAUAACAAGGACAUAGUCACAAAUUGGACACCUGCAUCGGGCUUGACCAGACAACCCAAAACAAACAUCCAAAUCAGUGUGUGAGCACAGAAUUAUUGUAAAUACAGUGCAAACAUUGCUACGGUGGGUUUUCAUGAAUCGCAGCCUUUAUCAGUGUAUGCAGCUAAUAAACUGAUUUGACUGUCACUGCAGAUAAUGAAGUGUAUAUUUUUAUUAUAACUGUAUAUUAUGUAACAGCUAAAUUGUGAUUGUGCAGUUGGCACUUAACUGGAGGUAGAGACAUCAAACAGGAUUAAGUUGCCGCAUUAAAACAACUCAUCCAACUAACACUCAAGGACAUACCCAAAUUAACACAAGGAAUGUAGAGUUUACCUCAAUGAAAAGAGGGAUGAAUUGCCAAGAGUAGUUUAAACCGGAGUGAAAAUCAGCUGGUACUUAUUACAGACAUUCAACUGUGAAAGACUUUGCCAUGGCAACCACCCUGACUAAACCUACAAAAAACAAUAGGGCAAAUCUAGCCC